CCUGGCGCGCCUGCGCUGAUUUCGGGCGCGGCGCCCGCAAAAGAAAGAGCGGCCCAGGCACCGCACCGAGCACUUUGCGGGUGACUCGCCAGCGGCGCGCGGGCGAAAAAGCCCCUGUGUCCCGACCAUCACACCUCCGUCCGAGUCGUCCUCUCUCACUCUGCAGCGCCUCUCGGGCCGCAGAUCGGUCUCUCGGCCGUCACGAGCACGUUGCAGCUUGCACGAGCGGGCGACAGAGCUGCGGGAGGUCGGCUCUGGCGCGACGGCACGCGCGCGACGCGCCGUUGAUGCCGUCUGAAAGCGGGCGCAUCAAGAACAUCAUGUCUGCUGCUUCUCAGCCGCCGCCUGCACCCGCCGCUGCGGCGUCCGGCGUGGCCGGGCCCUCUCGCGCAGCCUCGGCGGCAGGACCGUCCGGCUCGAUACAUCGGGGUCGUCCGAUGCUCACCAUCGAUGAGCUAGUCACUCCUAAUCUCUUCAAGCGCGUCGAUCCGGGAUACGCUGCUCCCGCGGCUGCGGCAGAGGACGUUGUCUCGGAAGCCGACCUAUUGGCUAUCGCACGGGCUCAGAGUGAUGUCAACGGUCUGCGAAGUCGACGACGGCCCGCGAGCACUGCGCCGCUUCCAGCGCCACUUCAAGCCGCUCCGAAAGACCACUCCGAUGCUCUGCGGCUUGCUGCAACGAGGCUCGAGAAGAAGAAGCUCAAGCGCGACGCAGAGCUGACGGCCAAGCUGAAGAAAGCUCAGCGCAAAGCCAAGCCCGUCAAGAAGCCUACCGCGCAGGGCUCAAAGGCUCCGCAGACGUCAGCCGCUCCAUCUGCGAAUGAAGGGCAGAAGAGAAAGGCAGAUGCCGGUGACAGCAGCGAGAAGAGGAAGAGAAAGCCGCGCGUCGACGUCACCAUCCCGCUCACCGGCGCCAGUCCUGACGCCGCGGUCAGGCAGGCCGUCAAAAAGUCCUCGUCGUCCAGCAAGCACGCAAAGCGCGGCAAGGAGUGGAAGGAAGCGCAGCUGGCAGCGUGUGUCGACGACUCACUCGGCUCAAGCGCCGUGCACGAACGCUUGCAUCAGGCGGCGGGCGUGCAGCCAGGGGCAAGCUCUUCUGGUCGAACGGAGGGUGAUGCGGAUCAGCCAUUGCCAGACAGGCCACGGCUAAGCAGAAGUCCGCCGCUGCAAUUGCAGGGAGCGGCAUCAAAUGAGCCAGCUGGUCUGGCCAUCAUCGCGCAAGCGACGCCGAGACGGCCUGGCCGGGCAAUCUCGCCGCCAAGGCGCAGUCCCUCGCCUGAGCCCUUGUACCCUGUCGAUCCUGCCUGGCACGGCUCAUCAUCAAGCGCGGAGCAACACGCUGCGUCGCUCGCGCACGGCCCACAAGGGCUCCUGCGCGAGCUCGGAGCUGCCGAGGCCAGUACGUCCAAGGCUACCGCGGCGCGUCGUAGUCCGUUUCCGUGCCCGCCUCAGCGGAAGUCGCCGGUCGAGCGCCGGCCCCCGGCAGGCAGACCCGAAGGCUGGGCCAGCGACGAAGCGGCGUUCAUCGCCGCAACGCCGACAUACCCCGCCAAAGACUUUGUCUUCAUCUCUCCAGGCCUCUUCGCCCGCUCGAUUCUGCUCGAUCCGCGGCGAGUGCGCGUCGACAGCUGGCCGAAACGAGACGGACAGCGAGUCUCUGCCUUGAGAAUCAGCAUAGUCUCCAGCAUGUGCUCAAGACGCAGAGGAAGGCCCAGCUGCAGUGCUGAAGCAGCUGCAGUUUGCGAUCGGAGAUCAAACGGUGCCUGGAGCUUUGCUGAGGAGCCAGCAGCACCAGAGUCAAGUAAGCGUGUUCAUCAGGCGUAGCUUGAGCGUCGCAAAGCAACCCACCGACCGCCGUCCGUCGCGAACGCCUGUUGCGCGACGUCCGCCGGACUACGACCCUACGCCGAAGCCACGUGCGAGCGACGCGGCGCUGCCGGUGGUCCAGCAGGAUCUGUUGGACCUGCCGUGUGCUCUGCCACCUGACAUGACGAUCGCCAUGGUCGG